UACUUUCUUAAAUUGAUUGUCACUCUCUCUCUCUCUCCCUCUCUCAUAUUUUGCUUCUUCCUUUCUCCUUUGAGUGGUUCAGUGAUCAGUGAAAAUGCAGUCUAGCCCUUUGCUUCUUGAGGAACCUAUUAGGAUGGCUUCCAUCCUAGAACCAUCCAAGCCUACUUUCUUUCCAGCUAUGACAAAAAUUAUUGGUACACUUGGUCCAAAGUCACGAUCAGUUGAGACAAUUUCCCGUUGCCUUGAUGCAGGAAUGUCUGUGGCAAGGUUUGACUUCUCAUGGGGUGAUCCAGAAUACCACCAAGAGACAUUGGAAAAUUUAAGGGCUGCUAUCAAGAGUACCAAGAAACUCUGCGCGGUUAUGCUAGAUACUGUGGGUCCAGAAUUGCAAGUUGUAAAUCAAACCGAUCGUCCAAUUUCCCUUCAAGAAGACACAUUGGUAGUCUUAACUCCGGAUCAAAAGAAAGAAGCUACUUCAAAUCUCUUACCAGUAAAUUUUAGUGGGCUAUCAAAGGCUGUGAAGAAGGGUGAUACUAUUUUUAUUGGUAAAUACCUGUUUACAGGAAGUGAAACAACUUCUGUAUGGCUGGAGGUCAGUGAGGUGGAUGGGGAUGAUGUCACUUGUCUCGUAAAAAACUCUGCUACACUCUCUGGGUCAUUGUAUACUUUACAUGUCUCUCAGAUUCGUAUUGAUCUUCCUACUCUUACUGAUAAGGAUAAGGAGGUUAUAAGCUCAUGGGGUGUUCGGAACAAUAUAGACUUCCUUUCAUUAUAUACACGGCACACUGAAGAUGUUCGCCAUGCCCGUGAGUUUCUCUCAAAAUUUGGUGACCUCAAGCAGACACAUAUUUAUGCAAAGAUUGAAAAUAUAGAGGGAAUAAAACAUUUUGAUGAGAUAUUGAGAGAAGCAGACGGUAUCAUCCUCUCUCGUGGAAAUUUAGGGAUAGACCUCCCACCUGAGAAGGUGUUUUUAUUCCAAAAAGCUGCUAUUUACAAGUGCAACAUGGCUGGAAAGCCAGUUGUUGUCACACGUGUUGUGGAUACUAUGACUGAUAAUCUAAGACCUACUCGUGCUGAAGCAACUGAUGUUGCCAAUGCAGUGUUGGAUGGCAGUGAUGCAAUUCUCCUUGGGGCUGAGACCCUACGGGGAUUAUACCCUGUAGAGACCAUUUCUACAGUUGGAAAAAUUUGUGCUGAGGCAGAGAAAGUUUAUAAUCAAGAUUUGUUUUAUAAGAAGGCUGUCAAAUGUAUGGGAGAGCCAAUGAGCCACUUGGAAGCAAUAGCAUCCUCUGCGGUUCGAGCAGCCAUCAAGGUUAAGGCCUCUGUUAUUAUCUGCUUCACUUCAUCUGGAAGAGCUGCAAGGUUGAUUGCUAAGUACAGACCAACUAUGCCUGUGAUAUCUGUUGUCAUUCCUCAAUUGAAGACAAAUCAAUUGCGCUGGACAUUCACUGGUGCUUUUGAGGCUAGGCAAUCACUUAUUGUGAGGGGUCUUUUCCCUAUGCUUGCAGAUCCACGACACCCAGCCGAGUCUAAUAGUGGAACAAAUGAAUCAAUUUUGAAGGUUGCUUUAGACCAUGGCAAGGCUUUUGGCGUCAUAAGGCCACAUGACCGAGUUGUUGUUUGCCAGAAAGUUGGUGACUCAUCAGUUGUGAAGAUUAUUGAGCUCGAAGAUUAGAACUUUCAUGUCAUUUGUGGGUGCAUGAUAAAACUCCUGACGCUUUGAUUCUUGCAUUGUAUGUUUCAUUUAGUAAUAAACACACUAAAGAUACAUAUUAUAGAGGUAGCCUAACACUUAUUUUGCUGAAUUGAGUCAUGGAAUCCAGUUCUACUAGUUAUUGAGUGAUUUUUUUUAUUUUUUUUAUUUUUUUUUGUAAUAAGUUAUUGAGUGAUUUAGAGUGGCUGUGCAGCUUCUCUUUUGUUGUGUUUGGUAUUGAGUCCUCUGAACAGUGGGAAGGAAAUUUUGUUGUUUGAUUGUUUUUAGAGGCUAAAGCAGGUUUGAACA